UAGCCAUGAUAGGUUUCAGUAUAUCUUCAGAUAGGUGUGGUGUUGUACUUUGCUAUAUGGAACUAAAGGGAUAUCAUUCACUCUGUCUUAAAAGCAUCGGGGUAUCAAGUACUAUCUGCUGAAAUGGCAAAGCUUUUUUGUUUUCUCGCCUUCGUUACGUUAGCUGUACACGCGCAAGAAAAUGCGGUUCAUAAUCUUUCGCCGUCCCUUCGGGAAUGUUACGUGAACAAGUACCUUUCACAAAGAGAUAACAGAUUACCGCAUACUUUGAAUACAUUCCUCGCAAUUUUACGUAAAAUUGAAAACACGGAAGGCCUUAAUAUGGAUCUGAGAAGUUUAUCUGUUGCGCUCUUACACCGUUUCCGGCAGGAUGGAAUUGUACCAAAUCCUCUUAUUCCCCCACAAGAUGGAGUAUCACCGUACGCUCCAAUUGGCAACCAAUUUUACCGGCAUGCUCACACCCUUCGUUUCAUACAAGGAAAUGCUCUUCUCUUUCCUAACAAUAGUAUCACAGCCAUUGAAAGGUGUACCUUACACUUCAUGAUGUCGAGUAGUAUUGAAAUUUAUGAAAGAGGAGACGAAGGAAAGGUUUGUAAGUACGCAGACACAUACAGAUAUGCAAGAGACGUUGGUAGCGAUGAUGAUGGGAACGUUAAAGGUGCCAACAGCGACGUAGAAACGUUGUCGUCCGAUGAAAUAAGGACGAUGACUAAUAAGAAAGAUGGAGACGAUCAAGCUACGCUUGAUCCAAAUUCGUUAUACCCGGAAUAUCCACCUAACCAUCCAGACUUUGCACGGUUACUUUCUCUACCUAGGAGUAAAUGUCCUGUAGAAAAUGGUGUUAUAAAAACUCCAUGGGGUGUUGUUUCACCUGGUCUGGUCCUUGCUGGAAUUGCUGCUGCAACGCAACCACAAACUUUCUCUCUUCAAGACGUUCAGACUAACAUAUCAGACAAGACUUUAGACUUAUCAUCAUUAACUAUGGACACUAAAUGGAUCGUCACUUUAGCUGGAGACUUAGCAGAAGCAGCUUUAGUACAAGGCCCUUUAGGGAAGAAAAUUCAUAUCGGAGCAACUGGUAAUUGGAACUCUACUGCUUUACCGCGAUGGUAUUUCUUAAAUGCCAAUGAAAAAUUGGAAAUGACAACGGCAGAAAUCAGGGGAGAUUUAGAUGGUUUAAUUUUGGCUUAUGAAGUUAACAAAUGGUAUUCCCAAGUACCUAGUUUGAGACUUUCACAGAUAUUUGAUAUGUAUUAUAGCAAACAAGGAUUCUUUGAUUCCUCGAUUAGAGCGUGCGAUCGAAGAACAUUAUUUACGGCUGUUGCCCCCAAUGAUACGAUGACUAGACAGGCAUACAUUGCUUCUUUAUUAAUGAGUUCGGAACUAGUAAAGGCAACUCUAGCACCUGAAAUAAUACAAACCUAUGCAGUGAAAGCAGUAAAUGAAUUAGUAACAUAUGUGCCUACGUCAAUGAAUAAGGAUCUUUCAUGCGCGGAUACAGACAAAUUUUAUGAUUUCAAUCCAAAGUCUGUUGAUUUGACCAUCAUUCUGGAUACAAACUGCCCAUUCUCUACGAUACAGCCCAUUCUGGCGAAAUUGUUAGAGAAUAUAGACUUAAAUCCAUACAACAGCAAUUUCACGUUAAUAAACGGCAACAAUGGAGUUCCAAUUAUCAACAGUACUUCUAACAUCUUAGAAUUCAACGCGUACAAUUCGUCGCAAUACGAAAACAUUACCUAUGGUUUUGAUUUACCCAAAUCGAUUGACGCAUUAUAUUUGCGUUUAAUGGACUUGCUAGACAAUGAACGCGAUCGAGGUGUUGGUGGUGCAAGAUCUAAUGUUGUUUUGAUUAUUCCAUAUAUGUCGACUAUCUCUAACACUGACAAAGACUAUAGCUUGAAACAAAUAUUACGAAUCCGAGAGAAAGCUCCAGAUACAACGCUACUUAUUAUGGCAUAUGGUUCAAAAGAUACGUGGUCUGCUUUGACACAGGUUCCAUCAACGGAUAUGUUCUCUAUUGGUAUUGGCGACACAGAGGAAGCUUUGACUUCGAUAACCACUGUAGUUUCAAGGAUAAAGCAAGUUCCUAAGCGCUUGAUCAACACCCAGUGUGGAUCAAAUUAUGCUACAAUUGGAUCUUCAAAUUCAUACGUGGAUUACGUCUCACCAAACGGCACUAAUUUCCAUAGAUUGCAUCCUAAUUACUUUUUUAGGACUCAAGACUUUGCAAUUAUAAAAAUCCAAUCUUCAAAUUCAAAUAGGCUAACUGUAUGCUCAUCGCGGGUACCAAUAUACGCGAAUUCAACGGUUCCAUCCGAAUCAUGCGUAUCGAUAACCAGCGAGACACACGCUAUUUCAGUUAAUUGUGCUAACGCUACUAUGAUUCACGAAUGCCCCCCGCUUUAUAUAUCGGUGACCUCUAACUCCACAGAUGUCACAUAUCAAUGCACAGAUCCUCGAGUAUGCAGAUAUCCCUAUCAAAUAAAGUAUACGGUAUCCUACGAAAAUCUACUAUGUACUAGUGGUACAAACACGAUACUGAAUUCUCUUAUUCUAAUCGUACUUACAAUUUUCGUUAAUCUAUAUUAAGUAGUAACAACUAUUAUAUAGAUUCAUGAAUAAGUUAAUCAUCUAACAUUUUUUUUCUUAAGAUAUCGUAUAGUCAUGAUUGAAUUUUACAUUAAGUGUGUUCAUAUUUGAAUAACGACGUGACGACAAAUUAUUGUAAAAUGUAUAUUGCUAUCGAUUAAGUAGCUUGACCGAGCACUCAGUCUCUAUGAAUAGGCCAGUCUCAUUCGUGGAACGUAUGAAUCUUUUUACCCCUAACUUU